UUUCCAUCAUAUCGAACACAUUCACACUUGAUACAAAAUCAUAACUCAAAUUUUGAAAUUCUAUAAACUCGACAUCAAAACUAUAGUACUAAUGAAUAUUCCAAUGGCUCCCAUGACACAUAUUUUUUUCAUUAUUUUCUCAUUUUUCUUCCUCCAACAGCAGAUUUAUUUCUCUUAUGGCCAGGAUGUUGUUAAGGCAGGGUAUUGGGUGAGUGACAGAGGAUUAGCUUUAAACAACAUAAAUGCAACUCUUUUUACUCAUUUAUUUUGUGCAUUUGCCGAUCUUGAUUCCCAAUCGGAUCAGUUAACUAUUUCGCCGGAAAAUCAAGAUUCGUUCAUGCAAUUUACAAGCACAGUUCAACAGAAAAAUCCUUCUGCAAAAACUUUAUUGUCUAUAGGUGGAGGAAGUGCCAAUAAAACAGCAUAUGGAGUUAUGGCUAGAACACCAAAUUCAAGAAAAAGUUUUAUUGAUUCAUCAAUAAGAUUAGCUAGACAAAAGGGAUUCCAUGGCCUUGAUCUUAGUUGGGAAUACCCAGAAUCAGCUACAGACAUGACAAACUUAGGUACCCUGUUAAACGAGUGGCGCACUGCUAUCAACACAGAGGCGAGAAACUCCAACAGUGCGUCAUUACUUUUUACGGCAACUGUUUCUUCCUCGCCCCAAGUAAACAGUUUGACUUAUCCAAUAGAAUCUGUGACAAAAAACUUAGAUUGGAUUAACCUGAUGGCAUAUGACUUCUAUGGACCAAAUUGGUCUCCGUCACAAACAAAUUCACAUGCACAACUAUUUGAUGCCGUAAACGAAGGCAAGAGUGGUAAGGAUGGAAUCGAUCAAUGGAUUAAAGAAGGUGUUCCAGCACAAAAAUUGGUUCUUGGAAUUCCAUUUUAUGGAUAUGCGUGGCGAUUAGUUAAUUCGAGUAUUCAUGGUCUCAGAGCGCCUGCUCACGGAAAUUCAAGUGUUGGUUCGAACGAUGGUGGGUCGAUGACUUAUAGCCAAAUUAAGGAUUAUAUAGUGCAGAGUCGCGCCACGACUGUGUAUAAUGCAACCAUUGUUGGAGAUUAUUGUUACUCUGGAAAUACUUGGAUUAGCUAUGAUGAUACUCAUAGUGUUAGAAAAAAGGUUUCUUACAUUAAAAGUAGAGGAUUGCGUGGUUACUUUGCAUGGCAGAUUGCAGCAGACAGUGAUUUGGUUCUUUCUCAGGCUGCUUCACAAGAAGCUGAUGGGGGGACACAAGGAGGAGGAAUGCACAAGAGGAAAAUUAUCAUUUUAAUUUCAGCGGGUGCAGUAGUAAUCUUGAUUUUACUCGUGUUCACAAUUUGGUUUAUUCGAAGGAGACAAGUCUUAAAAUUUCAAGGGAGGAAUUCGAGGAACAAAUUGGGAGGCAAAAGUAAAGCAAGAAAAGGUGAGGAGAGCAGCAAUUUGCAGGUUUUCAGUUUUAAUGAGAUGAAGGCAUCUACAAACAAUUUUUCAUUUAACAAUAAGCUUGGACAAGGUGGAUACGGACCUGUUUACAAGGGAAAGUUGAGAAGUGGGCAAGAAAUAGCAGUGAAAAGGCUAUCAGAGACUUCAAAUCAAGGAUUGGAAGAGUUUGAAAAUGAAGUGAUCCUUACGGCAAAAUUGCUACACAUAAAUCUAGUAAAAGUAGUGGGAUUUUGCAUUGAAAGAGAAGAAAAGAUGUUGAUCUACGAAUAUAUGCCCAACAGGAGCUUGGACCAUUACAUUUACAAUCAAGGCAGACGAUUACUUCUAGACUGGGAAAAAAGAGUGCAGAUAAUUGAAGGCAUAAUUCAGGGGUUGCUAUACCUCCAAGAAUACUCAAGAUUAACAAUCAUUCAUAGGGAUUUGAAAGCCAGCAAUAUUCUAUUGGACACUCACAUGAAACCAAAGAUAUCUGACUUUGGAAUGGCAAGAAUGUUUAAGGAGGAUGAAGUUGAAGCAAAUACAGACAGAAUAGUUGGAACACUGGGUUAUAUUCCACCUGAAUAUGUAGAGCAGGGCAUAUAUUCAAUGAAAUCUGAUGUUUUCAGUUUUGGAGUACUUCUUCUUCAAAUCAUAAGUGGAAAGAAGAAUACAUGUCUACAUGGUUCAGAUGAACAACUAAACCUUCUUGAAUAUAUUUACCCUCACGAUGGAGUUCCGUCAAGGAUCAAGGACAAAACUGAGACUUCCACCAAAUGGCGGUGGGCAUUUGAGAUGUGGAAAGGAGGUAAAGGGAUGGAGUUUAUGGAUGAGUCACUUGAUGAUACAACAUCGUCUUGCAAACUAUUGAAUUGCAUGCAAAUUGCACUAUUAUGUGUCCAAAAAAAUCCAUUAGAACGGCCUACAAUGUUGGCAGUUUCCAAUAUGUUCAAGAAUAUUGCAAAUUUAGCUAUGGUUUCUCCCAAGAGGCCUGCAUUUUCUACAAGGGAAGAUGAAGAAGGUGACAAUGUGAAAGGGGAAUCGCAGGAAAUCGAAGUUGACACUGCAACUAUUACACAAUUGGUUGCAAGAUGAUAUGUAUUAUUCCUUUUCCUACUUUAUAGGAUUUUAUGUAGUGGAGGCUCAAAUAUAAUUAACACUUCAACCAUUAUUUAUAGGUAAGAGCUAGUGGCAAAUCCAACAUUUUAAUU